CAGUUUUCGAAGCGGGCGCCGUUGUGUGGGGACGCGCCGAGCGGCGGGAGUUGGCAGCAGUGCCCCCUGACUAGUAUGGCUACUCGCAGUGCUGGCAGGAACUCGGCCGAAUACGUUUCAGUGAAAUUACGCAUGCCGUGAGGGAAACAUCUAUCGGAAAGGUGAAAGAGUGUAUGGACAGUAUGCCAAGUAGCAGAUGACUGUAGCUGAGGUCAGUCUUGCCUAGCAACAUGAGUGAGGUGGCGGCAGCACUGGCUCGUCAGCCUGAUGCUGCUCUGCUCAAGCGGCAGAAGCUAGGCUGUUCUGCAUCCAUCAAUGUUCCACCUGUGCAUGGCAGGCCCGCCCCCAACCCCGCUCAGCUCCACAUGCGGACAAGACUGUCCAACCACCAACGGAACCUCAGCUUAGAUUUCAGGUCUAUGGGCAUUCUCCUACCCCCUGUGUCCCAAGUAACUGCUGGGCCUAACCUUACUGCUCACCAUCGCAACAGAAGCUUAGAUAGUGCACUACAGAGAAUACCAGAGGUUGAUGUCACUCCAAGUCCUGAGUGUGAUGCCGACCGAUCUGUCACUGGCAGAGUGCAGUGUUCCUCUGCGGUAGAUAAACCAUGUGUAAAUGGAAAGCCCAACAAUAGAGAAGACCUAACAAGCUUAGGGUCAGACGACUCUGGCAUUUUGUGUGGCUCAGACAGUGAUGUCAACACUGCUACCACCCGUGAGUCAAGUGUAGAGCAACUGGCUGCCCAUAGUAGGGAGAGUCUAAGCGACCGUGAGGCAAGACUUAGUGAUAGUGACCACAGCAGAGAAAGCUUCAGUGAAAGGGAAACACGACCUAGUGAUAGCGACCAUGACAUGGAAGGGGAUUGUGACCUUUCAGAGGUUGGUAUGAAUGGGGGAGAAUGUUGUGAUGCGGAACACAGUUGUGAUGAAGCCUCAGAAUGUUCGAUCAUUGCUGCAAAUAACUCUAGUGAUCACAUCAACCCUCCUCCAGAAGCGGCCAAGAGCUUUCUAUUAAGGCUUUUUGAGUCUAAACUAUUUGACAUGACUAUGGCCAUAACAUACCUUUUCAAAUCAAAGGAACCUGGAGUACAAAGUUAUAUUGGUAACAAAAUGUUCAGUUUUCCGGAUGCAGAUGUAGACUUUUACCUUCCUCAACUUGUCAGCAUGUAUAUUCAAAUGCAUGAUGUGGCAGAAGUCAUUCACCCUUACCUUGUACAUAGAUGUCGUCAAUCAGCUGAUUUUUCUCUCAAGUGUGCUUGGCUCCUUGAAGCAUAUUGCUCAGAUGCACCAGUACCCUCCAAAAAGAAGUCACAUGGUACAAAACUUAAGAGUGCUAUUCUUGCAGAUCAAUACAGACCAAAUGCUCAAGAAAGAAGAUCAAGACCAAGUGUUGUUGAUGCAACACAAGUCCCCUUACCCCCUCCAUUACCCCCCAUGUGUGUCUCCAAUGUCACAUAUUCAGGGAAGAAGACACACCAGCGGUCAAGAUCUGAUGCCACAGGUCUCAUUCAAAGCAAUCGCAGAGUACUCAGUGCUGUGAGUAACAAAGUCUGCCUAGGUGAUAUGAGCUCAGGCCGUGCCUUUGACAACGGGUGCAUUUGUUUUGAGUCCUGUCUUGGAGUAGUGAAUGACCUCAGGGGGAGAAGGACACAUUGUUCUUGUGAUGCGCCUAGGUUAGCUCCUCAGCUAGAAUUUAUUAAGGGCCUUAUUUCAAUUGGAAAGCUCUUGAGUAGUAUUCCCACCAAAGAAGGGAAGACAGCGCGACUCAUGGCCGAAAUCAAUAUGCUCAACCUCAAUCUGCCCGCCCGAGUUUGGUUACCAAUUCAUGCCAAUAUUCCUCAUCAUAUAGUGCGAAUCCCUCCCCAGGCAGCUGCAGUACUCAACAGUAAAGAUAAAGCACCAUACAUUCUUUAUGUUGAAGUUGUGGAAGUUGAGGAUUUGCACUCUUCACCUGUUCCUCCCAAAGCAAUGUCCUCUUUAAGGCAUACACGAUCUGAGGAAAAUAUAGCUGGUACCAAUGACUCUGCUGUGGACCGCCCCUCAAACUGUGGAGCUUUUAGCAUUUACAGUAGCCCCGACGAGGAGACAACUGGUGACUGCUGGAGCCAGGAGGAUGAUGAAAUCUCUCAGCAAUACACACAACUGCGAAGGCCUAUGGAUAGAGAUACCAUAUCACAGCUAUCUCAAGAAUCUAGUGAUUCUAGAGAACCUCCAGUUUUAAUUGCAGCUGGCGAGAUUCGAAGGCGCUUAUCUGAGUCUCUGCAUGACUCUCAGCGGUCAACUUUUACUAGAGAUGCUGAGGACCCAUCUGCUCAUGUGUUAAAGGAACCGUGGGAAGAAAAGGAAACUCGAGUGAGAGAAGCUUCACCCUAUGGACAUUUGGCUUCCUGGCGCCUUCUAUCUGUGAUUGUCAAGUGUGGAGAUGAUUUGCGGCAAGAGCUUUUGGCAUCUCAACUUCUCACUAUGCUUCAGCGUAUUUGGGAACAGGAAAGGGUACCCCUGUGGGUUCAGCCAUACAAGAUCUUGUGUUUGUCAAAUGAUUCUGGUCUUAUUGAACCAGUGUUGAACACCGUCUCAUUACAUCAAAUCAAGAAGCAUUGCCAGCUCUCUCUCUAUGAAUACUUCCUUCGAGAAUAUGGCCCACGUAAUUCAGAGGAGUUUUUAACAGCUCAGAGAAAUUUUGUUCGUUCAUGUGCAGCAUAUUGCCUCAUUUGUUACUUAGUGCAAGUAAAAGACAGGCACAAUGGCAAUAUUUUGCUGGACAGUGAAGGGCACUUGAUCCACAUUGACUUUGGAUUUAUCCUGUCGCUGUCCCCGCGUAACUUGGGCUUUGAAACAUCACCAUUUAAGUUGACACUGGAACUCGUAGAAGUUAUGGGUGGACUUGGGUCGGAUAUGUUUGAGUAUUUUAAAAUAUUGAUUCUGCAAGGGCUUGUAGCUGCUCGCAAACACAGUGACAAGAUUCUUUCUCUUGUGGAGAUCAUGCGAUCAGGUUCUCAACUACCUUGCUUCAAAUCUGGAGCAGCCACAACGCAGGGGCUUAAGAAUAGGUUCCACCUAAAUCAGACUGAAGAGCAACUGCAGCUAUUGGUGGAUGGGCUGGUGGAGUCCUCAAUACACUCACUAUCCACUAAGCUCUAUGAUGGCUUCCAAUAUAUUACCAAUGGUAUCCUCUGAGCAAUGGAUUAGCAAAGUUAUUCCCAGUGAAGAGACUGUGAAGAACAUCUCUUCCAAUCAGCUCUCUGUUUGAAGGGAGGGUUGUGAAUUGUUCCUUGCACGUUGCCCGUUGCAAACACAGACUUCAUCAAGAAGGACGACCGUGUGGCCGGCCAGCUGAUCGACUGAGUGUUUUUUUACUCUGUGAACAUUGUAUGAUUGUAGAUAUAGAUGGAAGGAAUUGGCAAACUGAAUGUAGGGCCGUCUGACUUCCACUUUGUCAUCCUGUUUGUACAUAAAUUUAGAAUUAUUUCUUAAGUGUCUGAGCAAUAUUGUGAAUGAUUUGUAAAGUAACAAUAUAUAUAUAAACAAACUAAGAAUAAGAAUGAAACCGAGCCAGCGUGUCCUAUGCCGUGAAGCUGAAUGUAGAAGUCAGCCAUGUUUGUAAAUAUGUGGAUGCUGCCUCCAAUGCUCUUCAAAUAACUUUAUUUAUGAACUCUCCUCUAUUCUUUGGCUAAUGUCUUUUCCUUUAUGUAAAGCUUUCAUGGUAAUUUCCCAUGUAGUUGAUGCUAUUGUUGUUGUUGUUUUCUGAUAAUGAAUCAUGUUUAUAACCUGGCAGGUUUGUCUGUUACAGGUUAGAUUGCUUGUUUCAUCUGUUUUAAAAGAGGUAUCAUUUUGAAAAAAAAAUAUUUAUGAAGAAAUUUAUGGAAUUACCAAAUUCCUCUGUUCAUCUUAAAUCAAAUUAAAUAUGCCUCUGACAUGAUUGUUUUAAAUUUACAUUUUAAAUGAAUGUGAAACUAAUUUUAAUCUUUUAAGUAGAAGAGCUUUUGUAAGACUGAUGGGCCAUGUGUGAAAUACCACAAAUUUUGAAUUGUGUGUUUUGUCAAUAUUUUUUUAUCUUGACAUGUAGUUUAUUUGUGUUCGUGGUAAGUCCUUGACUGUGACUUUCUAUAUUAUCUCCGGUUCCUUUCUGCCUGUUGAUAUUUCUUCCCUUUUUUUUCUUUUUUUUUUAAGGUUUGAAAAGAUUUUCUCAAUGUCUUCUUAUAUUAAAUACCAAAUGUGCUAUAGUGAAUCAUUUGAUAAUAUUUCAUCAGAUUUUGUACUCUUAAAUUAAUGAAUUGAGUGUGUAAUGCUUUUUAAACAUCGCUGGGAAGAGUAGACAAGUCUGUCCUAUAUGUUGAAAUUCCAGUAGAUUUUAAUACAUCUGCAUUGUGUUCGUCUAUUCGACUCUUUUAAUCCUUCGCACAAGGUGCCCCUAAGGCUGAUCUACAAGGUCAAGGUUUCUUUACCUGUUUCUUGAAUCAAAAUUUGAAAGAUAAUCUAUUGUGGCAUGGGUUGGUUGUGAGGUACUUACUAUUUAUUUUACUUUAAUUUUUUAACUUCCACCAAAAAAGUUCUUGCGCUAUUAAAUCUGCGUGGAGGAGAACUAAUAAGAUGAGAAAUGUGUGGCCUUUGUUAUGCUAGUCGUUACAGCAUGUAUGUAUAGAAUUUUUAGGUAAGGUUAGUUUUACAGGUUCAAAUAAUUGAGAUGAAUUAUCUUUUGUUGAAAUUCAUUACAUCACCAAAGUAUCCUAUGCCACCCAUGCCUCUUCUUGUUCGCCAUUUUCAUCCAUAAAAAUUCAUUGUAUAGUGCUGUCAUUCCAUUUGUAUUUUAAGAAUUACAUAUGAUUCUAUGUUAAAA